AGGCGGAAACAAACAAGCGCGCACACAUGUUUGACAAAAAAAAAAAAAAAAAACAUCGAAAAGGUUAUACCAAAAUGUAGGUUAAAAAUGCACAACUUGUAAAUUUAUUCUAUUGUACAUUUUUUCAACUGGCGAAACAGCGGGAAAAAAUGCGCCUAUAUUUGUUGACAAAUAUGUAAACGUGCUAGCGGAAUAGGAGCAACCAUUUUGUUAGCUAUUUUUUUGGAUCGCCUUCUUCAUUUCGACUUCGUUACAUUCGGUCUAUUCCAUUCUUACCAAAUUUUGUGGCGCAUUUGUGGCGAAUUUGUGGCGAAUUUGUGGCACAUUUGAGGCGCAUUCGACGAGCAUUCCGCGGGGCCACAUUUUCGCACCCUCUUUGCAGUCAGUUUGCCCUUCUUUUCUGACCCCCCUUGUAUAUACUUGCCCAACGGCGGACAACCCAACAUAGCGCUCCUUCCCAUUCGCAACGAACGAAUGGAGAAUAAAAAAAAAUGAUUAAUUUUGAGCCGAGUAACAGCACUGAAAAGAGAGAUGAAAAAAAAAAUACACAAAUUCAGCUACAUAAAUUUGGAUGAAGAAAAAAGAGAAGAAAUAAAUGAUAUGCUAAAAAAUUUAAAAAAUGAAGAGAGAGAUUUGUGCUUUCCUCUGUUAGACUUUUACUUUCUCAAUAAGCAAUUUAAGUACCAAAAUUUGAGGGAAAGUCUGGAGAUCAAUAGCAAUGUCAAUGAGUACAUCAAUUUGCGGCUUCUGCGGAAGGAAAUUGCCCCCAAGGAUGUAUUCUUCAAAACGGAGCAAAAGAAUAGAGAAAUGGUUGUGCACAACAAGUUGAAGAACCAAAGGGGGGAUGUCUGCCUGGAGAGGGAUGACCUGAGGGGGGACACCCAAAGCGGCAACCGUGUGAGUAACCACCACUCCACAGGGGGGGAUAUCAGAGAAAACGCCGCUACCAUAGAGAAGAUAGAUUUGCCACAUGACAUCCCCACCAUGUGGAAGAAAAACGACAUCAUAGGAACAUUUAACCCAGUGUACAAUGCGAGAGACCAAAUUAUAAAUGAUAACUGUAUUGACUCGAUUCCCACGAUUGACAUUUUUUACAACUCCUCAAAAUUGCUCACCAUACAAACGGUGUUUGAGCCAAUCAGCAAUUAUAUAUACCUGUUACGUCUGCUGCCCAAGUUCUGCCUACCGCUGUACGAUUCUGGAAUAUUGCAAUACGCAUGUGAAGACCCGAUUUUAAAUCCAAAAUUGAGAGGCUUGGAGCUAUCCUACAGAUUACUAGUGCACGACAUUUUAUUUUAUGCCUUUUUUUCAUACUUGUCAGAUUUGCCCUUUUGGGCCAAGCCACCGGUUGAGCUGCUCCGAAUUUAUAAUUACGAAAGUUUAUACUCCUUUAAUGAUUACGAAUCGGAGCACACGGAAAGGCUGGUCUUUCACAAUAUAAAAAAUAUUUUGUACAAUUUUGCAGACACGCUAAAUAAAAUCGAAUUGCUCUACCCGAAAAAUUACUAUAUCACCAUCUUUCCCAAUAUUUAUUUUAAGAACAUCAUCGAGUUUUUAAAAAGUGAAAAUUUCAAGCUAAAAAAAAUUGUAGUUGUUUUGAAGGGGAAGAAUUUCAUCGACGAAAAAAUGAUACAUCACAUUAAGAGCAACCUUGAGAAUUUUAGGGGCAUGACAACGGAAAAUGUGAAAAAAGAAAUUCACCACAAGUACUUUCCCCCCAAUAAUGGCAGAACCAAAAAUGAGGCAGUCAGAUACGACACCAAAAGUGUUAUAGAUGCCAUAAAAAGGUGUCACAAUUAUGGUGAGGACUUUUUCUCUCUUGCCAGGGGGGGAAAGGCACCCUCCCCAAAAGAGGGAACAAAAGGGAAGCCAAACUGGAAGGAAAAGAAGGACAUGUCAGCAGGGGAUGACCAUUUGGGGGGUGAAAAAAAUUUUCAAAGUGGAAAACCAAACAGUGCGCUUCAACCCAUUCGGAGCAAUGGCCAAUUGUGUGGCGCCUCCCCGGAUGGCACUUCUCCCAGUGAAAAUAACACUCAUGUAGAUAGGGAAAGAGCAACGUGUAGUAAUAGUAAUCACACCACGCGGGAGGAGGAAAAGGCAGUAAAUGGCCCCGGGGAAGGCAUUCCGAGUGAGCCGCAGGAACCAAGGGACACCCCCAACAGUGGCGAAAGCAGCAUCCACAGCAGUGGAAGCAGUGGAAGUAGUGGGAGCGGUUGGAAGGACUUCCCCUUUGAGGACGCCAACACAAAGGGCGCAGCAGAUCAGCAACGUAGCCAUGAUGACGAACACGAUGUUGAUCACGCUGGGGAACAACGCAACCGGUUAAGCACCGUCGAACAAGAUAACACGGAAGACAACUCCUUUGGGGAAAAAAACCCAAUCGAUAUGUCCGACAAGUACAACAUAGACGCGUCCGUGUACAAUAUGUACUACCAGCAGGUGAAAAACGACCAGGAGGAACAUGCCCCCAUUUUGGAGAGAAAAGAUGCCCAAAAUAGGAGGGGCAGCAACUCGUCCGAAUCGUCAUGCAGUGAAGAUGACGAAACGGACGAUGAAAACAUCGAUGGGUUUUUUAAAACGAAAAAAUUAAAAAGCACAGUGUAUGAUAAGGACAAUUUUUCCUUCUCUAAAUUUAUGAACAAAAUUAUAAAUUACGAAAAGAUCAUUGACUACCUAAACAACGACCCGCAACGCCAGGAAAGCGAAGACUCGAAGAUCAAGUUUUACAUUAAACUGUUGCUGUUCGAGAAGGCUAAUUCGGCAUAUGAUGCGAAUGGGUGGGCGAGCGCGGACGGAUGGGAGAACGCGGAUGGAGGGGUGAAUGCAGAUGGAAGGGUGAAUGCGGAUGGAGGGGUGAAUGCAGACGGAAGGGCAAACGCCGAUGGAGGGGCAAAUAUCACUGAUGAAGAUCAGCUUAGAAGCACUACGCUUCUGUCAGACAAUGGACACAGCGAUGGAUCACCACCCAGGGGGGAGGCCCCCUCCAUUCGUGCCGAUGGCACAGUGCCACCUACGGAUGACGACGAUAAUCUCUCGGGGGCGGACCAACGGACGCAAAGCGAAGGGGUCACCUCGUCUAGCGCUACCAUCUCUGCCUCUCCCCCGAACGAUACUACCUUGGAAGGGAAUAAUAACCACGAUGCGGAGAGCAGUCAAGUCUCCCUUCUCGUGAACAACCAAAACGAGAACGAAACGCGCACAGAUGGAGAGGAAACAGUUUUAAACAUAACCGAAGAUGACCAUGUGGAAAUUUCAUCCGAUUAUAUUAGUAACCUGAUACGGAACUUACGCGAAACUUACGGGGCGACUAAUUUCUUAUCCUUCAGCAGCAACGAAGGGGACGUGCACGACGGCACCUUCAAUUUGGACGAUGUGCAGGAUUCGCAAACGAGGCUGACCUUUAACUUUAAUUAGAACGGGGGUAUGCCGGUUUGCAGAGGGGAGUAUGGCAGUGUGUGGACUGGCGCGCAAAUGUUUGUCUGCCAUGUUUAUACAUUAAUGAAGGUCCACUUUUUUUUUUCCCCUCUUCUUUUGCGGUUCGUUUGUUAACCAUCCGUCUCCGAUUAUUCCUUCCGCUUCUUUUAAUUUUUUUUUCCUCCCCCACGGUGUGUACUCUACAUGUACAAGUACAAAUUUUAGCCUAAACGUAGGUCAUUUUUUCUUUAAAAAAAAUAUUUGUUUUAUUGCGUUUAUGAACUUUUUUUUAAGAAUAUUUUUCCGUGUGCAUACGGUUAACAAAAGUUGACGUUAUG